AUGUUGCAGAUUGAAGUCACUUUUACUGAAGAAAUGAUUAUUGAGAUACGCGGAUAUAAUAGAGACUCAUGCUCAAAAGAGAUUUCGGAUCUUUCUUGGGUUGGAAAUAUUACAUGGCUUAGAAAUGGUGAUAUUAAAGUUACUUGCGCUGAUAGAAUGGUUUCAAUGGUGGGCCCAGAAGCAAUAUAUGUAGUAGGGCGUGAUGAUGAUGAUGACUCAGCUAGCAAGUAUUUGGUGACAGAUCUUGUUCUCCCUGCGCUUGGUGCUCUUAGAGGAUUUCAUCUUGUGAAAGAUAGAGAAACUGGAAACUCAAAAGGAUACACGUUAUGUGUUUAUCAAGACUUAUAUGUUAUAGACAUUGCUUGUGCAGCUCUUAAUGGGAUCAAAAUGGGUGACAAGACACUUACUGUUAGACGUGCUAACCAAUGUCAAACUCAAUGCAGGCCUAAACAGGAGAGCGUGCUUUUACAUGCACAACAACAAAUUGCAUUGCAGAGGAUGAUGUUGCAACCACCUCCCUCCACUGGGACAACUGCCACUAAAGUUCUAUGUUUAGCACAAGUGGUGACUGAAGAUGAACUUAAAUAUGAUGAAGAUUAUCAAGAUAUAUUGGAAGACAUGAAAAAAGAAUGUAGUCUAGUGAAUGUUGUAAUUCCACGCCCUAACCCUACUGGAGAACCAGCACCAGGUGUUGGCAAGGUGUUUUUGGAGUAUGCUGAUGUGGAAUUAGAUUCCCUGUCGCCCUGGGCUUGGUGGAGCAAUUGUACCUGGUACAAGAUUGACUAUAAUGGGAAUUUACAGCAUAUUUCAAGCUUCAAAGACAUCCAGAUCAUAAUACUUUCACUCUAUCUAUUCACCAGUAACAUUUAA